AUGAGUUGGGAUUUCAGGGCUCCAGGCACUCCACAUCCCUCGUACAGGUUUAGUGGAAUAGUGGAAGAAGUGGUCCUUCAAGCUAAGCAUGUGCUGGCAAUGUCUACCUUUAAUAAGGUCAAAGCGUUUGCUUUUAAUAAGGCAAAAGUGUUAGGUGGAAGGUAUAGUAUCCCUAUCUAUAGCAAUGGUGGCCUAACAAAGCUUAAUGAUGAUCAAGAUGUCAUAGACAUGCUUGUAUUUGUACUAGAGACAAGGCCAAUAGACACUUCCUACAUCAUGGGGUUGAUAGCAAUGAGGGUUGCAAAUAUUGCACCUAACAGAGGAGUUGUGAUUGAGGAGCUUGAUGACAAUUAUGGGGCUAUUGUUCCUCUUGGUGGGAAAUGCAAACAAUAA